CUCCUUACAGAGGAACGGGUCCCUGGGAGAUUAAGUGACUUGGCCGACCACAGAGACUAUGGUCCGCAGCCUGUGUGGGCCUUACUGGUGGGCCAGCCCCAGUUUCCUCUCCUGGUGAGGAGCUGGGUGCUUGUCUGUGGGCAGUGGCUCGAGAACUCCAGCUGUCUGUGUGUCUGCCCUUCCCCAGCCCCCAGGGUCUCCUGUUGAGAGUGGUGCUGGAACGUUCCAGGGAUGUACAUGCAGGUGGAGACGCGUACCAGCUCCCGCCUCCAUCUGAAGAGGGCUCCGGGCAUCAGGUCCUGGUCCCUGCUGGUUGGAAUCUUGUCGAUUGGCCUAGCUGCUGCCUACUACAGUGGAGACAGUCUGGGUUGGAAGCUCUUCUAUGUCACAGGCUGCCUGUUCGUGGCCUUGCAGAACCUGGAGGACUGGGAGGAAGCUGUCUUCAACAAGAGCACUGGGAAGGUUGUGCUGAAGACGUUCAGCUUGUACAAAAAGCUGCUGACUCUUUCCAGAGCAGGCCACGACCAAGUGGUGGUCCUGCUGAACGACAUCAGGGACGUGAACGUGGAGGAGGAGAAGGUCCGGUACUUCGGGAAGGGCUACGUGGUGGUGCUGCGGUUUGCGACAGGCUUCUCCCACCCCCUCACCCAGAGUGCUGUCAUGGGCCACCGCAGCCCUUCCUCCUGGUGCCGGCCUGGCCCAGUGAUGUGGAAGCCAUCGCCAAGCUCAUCACCACCUUCCUGGAGCUGCACCGCCUUGAGAGUCCUGUGGAGCUGUCUCAGAGCAGCGACAGUGAGGCUGAUAGCCCCGGAAGCCAGAGUUGACACCCAUGGAGCCCCCGGCCUUAAUUCUGAUGGCAUCUCCUCAGGCCUGAUGGGCUGCUGGCGAGUGUUCCUCCUCAGUGCCUGGCUGUGUCCCUGGAAGCCCCAGGGUGGGACCCUCGGCCGUUCCUGCUGCUUGCUUCUGCCCUCUGAGCAAAACCACAGGCUGGACCUUCUCUGCAGGCUCCAAGGUGUCCAGGGAGGGCAUGGGUCUUGGAUCUGCCACUUGGAAUCAGACGGUCCUGGCCUGGGCACUGUGGCUUGUGAGGGUGACAGGUGGCGUGGCCUGGUCUGGAUAGACCCACCCCACAGCUAACCAGCCAUGUGGGGCUCAAGCCUCUGAAA